CAGAUCGAUUGGGUUGGAGGCUCCUCGGAUUUAAAUAAAACGGCCGUAAUCUCUUCUUUUUUUUUUUGUUUGCUCUGAGACUGCUUGUGACCUUGCAUGCCAAAGACAAAAGAGCAGUCACAACUCUUAUCUCUUAUGCAGCUGUAGACCAACAGCCCUAGCUUUUUGUUGACAAGAGAAUGACCUGACAUGGUGCGAGCCAUAACAGGACACUGGGACCUAAGACCCACUGUAGUGUUGAAAUGAAUGUGCAUUACUAAAAAGGCAAGGAUGACAUCAUAACUCCUUUCAGCAACAUUUGUAAAAGGAUACGGAGAGUAGUUCAUAAACUAUUUUCCUUCUUUAUUCUUGUUAUUCUGUUAAUGUUCAUUCAGCCUUAACUUUUACCAGUGUCCAACAAGUGUUUAUUUACCUGCAUUUAAUCAACUAUUUGCCUUUUCUUUUACCCAUUGGAUUUGUAGUGCAGAUGCUUGUGUACAUAUGUUGGUAUAUCCCCUGUAUUGUUUUACUCUUUUCCAGGUGUAAAGAUGAUGAGUAAUGGAAGGAAGCAUCCAGACAUCCAAAAGCCGAAAAGAGCCAAUAAAGAUCAAGGCAUGCCAGAGAAAUGUGCCGUGGUGCUGUCGCAAUGGCCAAAGAGUAGGAGCGCUAAGAGGAAAAUGAGGGGAGUGACAAAUCCUGUGUUUAAGGUAAGCCUGCCUCUAAACAAAGGUUCUCUGCUGCUGAAGAGGAGUCCGUUCAUCAUGGACAGCCUUAAUGUGCCCUCUGCAUUCCCCCAUUCACCGGACUCGGAUCUUCCAGAGUCACCAGAGUUCCACUCAGAGGAUCGUGAGGUGGACUAUGACACUGAAUCAUUUGCAAUAAACCCAGCUGAACAAUCCGUUCAACAUCAGCAAGAUCGCCACAGUGGAGAAGGACAGGCUGGUCCAUUCAUGGAACCAGAAAGAAACGUCACAGUGACUCCGUAUCAACAGAUGGAUGGACAUUAUAAUGGCAAUGAAUACUUUAACCCUUCAAAAGAUAUAACCAGAACAACAUAUCAAAAGGUUUAUGGCGGAAAUAAUUACAACACACAGCAAGGUUCUCACGUAAAAUCAAAUAAGAGGGUUUACGAAGAGUGGCCAAAUGAAGGCCAACAGACUGAGAUUGAUUGGUCGACGCCUGCUGUGUCCCACACUCAGGACUGGCCUUCCCAUAACUCGGCCUACAGAUAUGAGGCGGGUUCCACCGAGCAGUGGUACAAUCCAACUCCACAAAGUGCAGUUGGCCCAAGAAUUGAGAGAUGCCAAGAGGUUAGCUUUGAUGCUACUCAACAUUAUUACCAGCAACAACCGCCAACUCCGUACAUGGCACAAAAUCAUCAAAGUCUUCAGAUAGGCAAUGCGGGACAGCACUGUUGGCCUGGUGAUACGGCUGCUCAUACAGAUGCUGCUAGGGUCCAAAUGCAUCCUCACUUAGGAGAUCCCCAUGCACAAAAUGGCAGUAAUGCACCAGUGCCUGGAGCACAGUUUGAACCGAGACAAGUGCAAACGUACAUGGAGUUUUCCGUUGGUCAUGUCAAGACAGCUUCACAAAAUGAUGCGACACAACCUACGGCCCAUCAAGGCAUCCAAGCAGGCUAUGGGAUGCAGUCUUUCCCCAACUACAAUGCUGGACCUUGGACAAACCCUUACCAACACUUACCUCAUCAAAACAGCGGUGGAGAUGGUGUUGGAUGGGGGGGGUCUCAGUCAAAUGCUUACAUGCCACCUCAGCAAGCUCAGUGGUAUUAUGGAGCCCAGUCUGCGGUUAAUUACAGAGCAGCUGGUUUGAUUUGACGAUUUCAAGAAGUACAGAUAAAACAACUUCAUGUAUGUUAGCAUUUCCAAUCUUUGACUAUGCAAAUUUGGCAAACCCCAACUGAAACCACGUUUUUAUUGAAGGAGACAUUUUUCUAGCACCAUCUAAUGAAAACGCACUCAGAUGCGCCGGCUUAGGUUCUAUUGGUGCUGUGGCAUUUUUCUUUCUUCUUAAAAUGUUUUCCCUAGUCUCUGUCAGGAAUGGGAAUCCCCUAAUGGAUGGAUGUUAUGCCUUUCAUUUUGAAUGUUAUUUAAAAUGACCACAUUUUUUUUUUCUUCUUGGAAAUGUUUGGAUCAAACGAGUCAUUAAACAGAAUUUCUUCUAUUCUUUAAUCAAAAUCUAAAACAAAUCUGAUUUUGGACCAUUGUGCUGAAAUGUGCCAAGAUAGUGACAUAUUUCCUUUGACACUGUAGGUGUUAUAAGUAAAAGUGUAUUUGUUGUAUCAUCUGGUUACAGAAAAGUUUUUUGGUGAUUUAUAAAUUGUAUUGGUUCAGAGCAACUGCUGAUAAGUUAUAAAGGUUCAAAUCAGACUAAAGCUCAAUUUAAUAAAAACAUUUUUUUUUAAAAGAUCAACGAACUGAAAAAAGGUAAGGUUGACAAGAGCUAGCUAGUUCGCCUUAAUAAAAAAACAACAACACUUAAAUGCUUAUGCAAUGUACAAAAAACAAAUCAUCCUUAUGGUCCAGGAGCUGGCUAAAAGUUAGCAUUGUUGUUGUGCUUUCAUAUUUUUUCCAACUAUCUUAUCUAAAAAAGUUAUUUAAAAUGACAAUCUUUUUUCUUUACAUUUAAAACAGAAUUUCUUCUAUUCUUGCAUCUAAAACCAAAUCUGAUUGUGGACCAUUGCGCUGAAAUGUGCAUAGAUAGUGACAUAUGAUUUCCUUUGACACUGUUGGUGUUAUAAGUAAAAGUGUAUUUGUUGUAUCAUCUGUUUAUAGAAAAGUUUUUUGUUGAUUUAUAAAUUCCACUGGUUCAGAGCAACCGCUGAUAAGUUCAAAUCAGACUAAAGCUCAGUUUAAAAAAAAAAAAAGACCAAUUUGACUUUGUAUGUUAUGUUCAAAAUGUGCCUAGAUAACUCCAAAUAAGUAUUACAUUUACAAUUAAAGUGAAGACCUACUUAAGGUUUGUGCCAGCAUGUAUUUACUCUGUUUUUGAAAGACCUCUUUUUGCCUGUUUUGUGAACCACUAAAGAUAGUAUGUCGACAAUGGUGUUCUAGGUUGGAACCGGUGUAACAAUUAUGUUCUGUUCAAAAUAAAUGCUUACGAAAA